AUGUCUGAAGCAUCCAACACUCAUCCAAUCCCUCAAUCCACAAAGGAAGCCCUCGAAAAGGCGCUCAAUCGACGCUCCGAGCGCGAGGAACUCAUCGAGCGCAACAUCUUGCCCAGCUCCAAUGUCGCACCAGCUCUCCAAGCCGCUCAAAAGGCCUUGGAACGCUCUCAGCUUGAAAACUCGUUGGAGCACAAACUGCAGAAACGGCCGACAGCCGCAGAGCUCGUCAAAGAGGGUAUUCUCGAGAAGGACGAAGUACCCCCGUCCUAG